GAUUUAAACUAAACAAAACAUUCAACAAACUAUACAUGUGCCGGUUCUAAAAUUGAGUUAUUUCUUUUGUAAAUAAACAAAUAAAUUGUUUAAAUAUGGGAAAUUCCAAGCCGAAAGUGAAAAGCAAUAACGCUGUUAAGGGUAAUCAACAAAAUAAGCGGAAACUUAAUAAUAAUGGAAAACAGCAAUAUAAGUCCAAUAAACCUAAUUUCCCAAACACAAACCAAUGGCGUCGGAAAAAGCCACAGGAUGAGGCCAGAAAGCAAAAGAUAAAGGAGCGAGAAGAAUUAAGAACGCAAAAAAUUGCUGAAGCCAAAGCUGAAAAAGAACGUGUGCAACGUGAAAAGGAGGAACGUGUGCGUAAUUACAAGAAGAAACGUUUGGAGAAAACUAAAGUGAUCAGCAAGAAAACCAAACGCGGUCAGCCACUAAUGAAGGAUCGCAUGGAAUUUUUGCUAAAACAGAUACAAGAAAUGAAGCGUGGAUCGUAGUAAAGCAGUAUAGGCGAAAAAUAAAUAGUUUAUAGGAUUAAAGAGGAACUUGUAAUGCAUAUAAAAUAAGAAAUAGAGAAAUUUUCAAGAUGAAAGGCACAAUGUUAUAGUUCCCGUUAAAAA